CAAAUCAAAAAUUACAGCACAGUCGCCUCGGAGAAGUGAUAAAACAUGACAGCGAAUAGAGGCCUCUGAUUGGUCUGAGCGUAUAUGAAAAAAGACGAUCGUGAUUCUUAUUAUCUCCGUCCAUAGCCGUCUUGACUUUGUCGUACUAUGUGUUAGUUCAUGAUAUGAAGACGGUUGAGAUUUCAGUGAUUUUUCUUGACACUUCCUGAGUUUCUACAAUGAGAUCUAAAUCUGUUGCGCGUAGAGUCACAGCUCAAGAAGGUUCUGAAGAUGAAAUAGAAGUUUCCUCCCAGAUCUUGGACCUCCAAGAGCAUUCCAUGGAAAGGGCGAUGGUCCCGCCCCAAACUGAAUCAACGUUGCAACACUACCCUACCAAUGACUACGUAAACAGUAUCUACUCUUCCCCAGAGGAUAUGAUCGCAGAAAGUAGGAAAAUACCCACGAAGCUUCCCGAGGAACUGUUCGAGAAGUCCAGAAUCGAGGAGGAUCGUCAGAAAUAUUGCAGUGAAAGUAAACAAACCAAUGGAAAGGUUGAUAUCUUCUAUCUGAGGGCCAGAGAAGUGAUUCUAGCUAGCGGGACGUUGCCCGGUGAACUGGAGUUGAGGGAGAAUGGAGUAUUCGCAAAGACUACCAUCAACAAAGGCGCCCGGUAUGGACCUUUUCAGGGGAAGUGGGCUAGCAUUCCGCAAGACGCCAGGUUUGCAUGGGAGGUUGUUGCGGGCUCAGGCGUAAGAGGAUGGCUGGAUGGUUCUUCGGAGCACCAAAAUUGGCUGAAACUUAUUCAGAGCACCCCAAACAAGAACCAGGCUAACGUACGACAUUUCCUACAGAACGGACAGCUUUGGUAUGAAACAUUUCAAGACAUUCCUUCUGGCACUGAGCUGACGCUGAGUCCAAGAGAACCACUGAACCUUCAAGAUAUGUUUGCCGAUUCCACAUCCGCUGAUGAGAGAUCCGACAGAGAAACAGCAUCGCAGCAUAGCGGAACACUUGACGACCGCGAAGAAGACGAAGAAGACGAGUCCGAAAUCCGGUGUUGCGUGUGCGAUCAAGCCUACACCGACGUAGAUAAGUUAGACGAACACCUAAUUUCCAAACACAACUACCGCAGGGAUGAGUUUCGAUGUGACUACUGUCCAAAAUCUUACUCGCAUCGCCCUUGCCUGAUAAGACAUAGAGCCAUACAGCACGGAGAACAUAGAAAAUAUCACUGUGAAAACUGUCCUAAGGUUUUUACCGAUCCAAGCAAUCUUCAAAGACACAUUAGGACAAAUCACGUUGGCGCACGUUCCCAUGCUUGCCCAGAAUGUGGAAAAACAUUUGCCACGUCUUCUGGAUUAAAGCAACACACUCAUAUCCACUCCUCUGUGAAACCUUUCCAAUGUGAAGUUUGUUUUAAGGCUUACACUCAGUUCUCAAAUCUCUGCCGACACAAACGAAUGCACGCCGAUUGCCGAAUGCAAAUUAAGUGCGUCAAAUGCAACCAGUCCUUCUCCACGGUCACAUCGCUCUCAAAACACAAACGUUUCUGCGAUUCAACCACACCUACCCCCUCCCUGUCUACUACUUCUUCUCAAUUAUCAUUGAGUUCCAUGGCCAGUAACAAUCCUUUUUCCAUCUACCGGCCUUCUGGCUGUCACCUGCCAUUCGCCUUUCCUCCACAGUUUCAUCACUAUCCGCAAAUGUUUCCCACUGCUCCAGUGAACUCUUUCAUAUCACCGCUGUUCUUCAACCAACUGCCCAAGUUAAAGACCGAUGAGGAUGUUUCUCCACCAAAAAAGCUAAGAUUAAGUCCUGAAAGGAUAUCGCCUAAGAUAGAACGAUUUACACCUCCGAGGGAGGCACCCAUAGUUGCUAAAGUUAGUCCACCUACAGGGAUAGAAGCGAACUUAACGCCAUCGCCAGCAAGACCAAAUAACUUGUUAUUACAUCCAAGAGAACAGACAACAGUUCAAACGUCUGAAGAUGAAGAUAAUUUCCCUAAAGACUUAUCCAAAACCUCGGAAAAGAGUUCAAGACCACCUUCGGAGAGUAGCGAUGAAGGAGAACAACCUUUAGAUCUGAGUGGAUGGAAAAAAUCUAGAAUUGUUCCUGAAGCAAAAGUACAAAAAACCACGAAUCUGACCAUGUCCUCGCCGAGACCAAUAAAGGAGGAAAAGAUCGAAAUAGUCGAGAUAGAGGAAGAAAAAAAAACUCCAACUGUCGAGAAGGUUACAGUUACCCCGCCAAUGGCAUAUCCCAGACCCAUACAUCCUAUGAUGCUAGAAAACUUAAUGUGCAGGCCGAACUUCCCAUACAACUACCCCCAAAGUAACGACAGGCUACUUCCGUCUCCGUUCGGACAUCACAGAUUUUCUUUUCUGAGCACUUUACCACCUCAAAGACUGGAUUUGCUAAGGCCAGGAUUGCAGAGUUUCACCAACGGCAAGCCAUUUCACGACGUGAUGCAGCAACAGAACCAGGGCAAAAUCAAGGACAGAUACGCUUGUAAGUUUUGCGGCAAGGUCUUCCCGAGAUCCGCCAAUCUGACCAGGCACUUGCGUACUCACACAGGGGAACAGCCUUACAAAUGUAGGUACUGCGAGAGGUCCUUCAGUAUAUCCAGCAACCUACAAAGGCACGUCAGGAAUAUCCACAACAAGGAAAAACCUUUUAAAUGCCCGUUGUGUGAAAGGUGUUUCGGACAACAAACCAAUCUGGACAGGCAUCUUAAGAAACACGAAUCUGACGAUGGAAACGGCGGCGUGGCGGUUGCGGAUUCUCCAGGAAGCAGUAAUGAAAAUGAGCGGGAAGACGCCUGUUUCGACGAAAUAAGGACGUUCAUGGGAAAAGUGACCUACAGCGGAGCACAGGAUUAUUACAAUGUCACCACCAGACUGUAUACUGCUUCCCCGCCUGGUCAUGAUAUCGACGUGGUUGGAAAGGAAGAUGAAGAUUCCGAAACGUACUCCGAGAUAGCAGAGGACUUUUCUUCGACCCACAAGAACUUCGACCCGAAGAUAAAGCAAGAGAAAGAAGAAUUGUUGAAUAAUAACGACCAGACUAUAAAAGUUUCUACUUAGUGAUAGUUUAUAUGCAAUUUUGGAUACUGUAACUAUUUUAAACGUUUUUUUACUAGACACAGUUAUGUUCCCGUGUUGAAUGGGAUGUAGUUUUUUGGAACCAUUUACAAUUUAAAGCUUUGUUGUUAUGCAGAAGUAACGUAAUGAAGACUUGAUGUGAAAUUCAAAUUGUGUUGUACAUAAUGUGGCAUGACUCACAAUCUGUGUUAUAUAAGAGGUUAUUUAAUAGUUGUAGUACUUAACUGUAAAUAGGACUAUCUUGUUGAUUGGUUCGAAGUGAGGUUGAAAAUUAAACAUUUUAAAGUUCCUACACAAAUUUCUGUCAAUUUUCAACACGUUUACAACACACUUCAAAUAAGCUUAGCACAUUGUUUCCAAAAUUGCAUCCUGUAAUGUUAAGAGAAAAAUCGUACCUAUCUGUAAUACCUACUGUCUGUCAAAAGGGAUCGUUUUUGUAUAUACCAAGUAAAAAACUAUUGGCAAUCUUUUGUUGAUUCAUUGAUAUAGGAACAAUUCUAUUAUAAGCUUUGAACAAAUUUAUUGAUUUGGUAUUAAUUUUAUAAAUAUUAUUAUUUAUUUUGUUUUAUUUUUAUUUUUAAGGUAAUUUCAAGCCAAAGUGUAACAUUUUAUUUUAUUUUGUAAAAAUUUAGAAUAUAGUUUAUAAUUAACAGAAUUUUCAAUCACUUAUGAAUCAUAUCUCAUUAUUGAUU